CCUGGGGAAUAAAACACGAGGAACGAGGUUUGAUGAAAAUUAAAGAAGAAAGACAAGAUACAAAAGAGGUGGAAGAGAUGUAUCCGGAUCAGAAAGAUCAUGAUGUCAAUGGAGAAAAAUCAUUGAGUCGCAGCACCAAAAAAACAGAAGUCAAGAGGCCUUUCAGCUGCUCUCAGUGUGAAAAGAGUUUCACACGUAAGGGAUACCUUAAGAAUCACAUGUUAAUUCAUGCUGGAAUAAAGCCUUUCACCUGUCCACAGUGUGGAAAGAGUUUCAUAAGUAAAGGAAUCCUGAGGGAUCACAUGUUAAUCCAUACUGGGAUAAAGUCUUUCAGCUGCUCUCAGUGUGGAAAGAGUUUUAUACAGGAAAGUCAACUUGAAAAUCAUUUGGUAACUCACACUUCAGAAAAACCUUUCUCCUGCUCUCAGUGUGGAAAGAGUUUUAAAAAUAAAUCAAACAUUAAGAGGCACAUGUUAAUUCAUACUGGGAUAAAGUCGUUCAGCUGCCCUCAGUGUAGAAAGACAUUUACACAGAAAUCAAGCCUUAAGGGUCACAUGUUAAUUCAUGCUGGGAUAAAGUCUUUCUCCUGCUCUCAAUGUGGAAAGAGUUUUACACAUAAAUCAUACCUUAGGAGGCACAUGUUAAUCCAUACUGGGAUCAAGUCUUUCAGCUGCUCUCAGUGUGGAAAGAGUUUCAAACAGAAAAGUCAUAUUAAAAAACAUUUGGUAACUCACACUUCAGAAAAACCUUUCUCCUGCUCUCAGUGUGGAAAGAGUUUUAAAAAUACUUCAAUCCUUAAGAGGCACAUGUUAAUUCAUGCUGGAAUCAAGUCAUUCAGCUGCUCUCAGUGUGGAAAGGGUUUUACACAGAAAGAACACCUUAAGAAUCAUUUGGUAACUCACACUUCAGAAAAACCUUUCAGCUGCUCUCAGUGUGGAAACACUUUCACAUUUAAAUCAACCCUUAAGAGGCACAUGUUAAUUCAUACUGGGAUAAAGCCUUUCUCCUGCUCUCAGUGUGGAAAGAGUUUUACAUAUAAAUCAAGUCUAAAGGAUCACAUGUUAAUUCAUACUGGGAUUAAGCCUUUCAGCUGCUCUCAGUGUGGAAAGUGUUUUACACUUAAACCAAACCUUAAAAAGCACAUGUUAAUUCAUACUCUGGUGAAUUCUUUCAGCUGAUCUCAUUGUGGAAAGAGUUUUACACACAAAGGACAACUUAAGAUUCAUUUGGUAACUCACUCUUCAUAAAAGCCUUUCUCCUGCUUUCAGUGUGGAAAGACUUUUACCCAGAUGAAAACCUUAUGGCUUGUUUCCACUGAGCUGUAUGGUACAGUCUAGGGCUGCACGAUAUUGGGAAAAAAUGACAUUGCAAUUUUUCUGUAAUGUAUGUAAUGUUCUGUAAUGUUUCUGUUUUCUGUAUUUUAUUUUUCUGCAAUAUUUUUUUCUUACAAACAAAAACGGGGUGAGCACACUUACAUUCUCAUUUUAAAUUAUUUAAAUAUCGACACCAUCAUGUCAGUUGAUUAAUUAUGCGCAAGGGUGAGAGAGCAAGACAGCGCUCGUUGUUUGAAGACGGCUCGCUCUCUCUCUGUCUCUCUCGUCUCACUUGCAUGUGUUUUUCAGUCCUGUCAACGAUAAACUUUCACUCUAUGAUGGUUA